CCAGCAGCGCGCAGCUUGACAAGCAGUUCUUUGACAACAUGAAGCGGCUGGUGGCCAUCGUGAUUCCUGGCCUGGCGACGCGCGAGUUCGCCAUGCUGAUGACCCACAGCUGCCUGCUGGUGUUCCGCACGUUCCUGUCGGUUGUGGUGGCAGCGCUGGACGGGCAGAUUGUGAGCUCGCUGGUCCGGCUCAACGGCAGGGAGUUCUUGAUGGGGAUCGUCAGGUGGAUGGCCAUUGCGGUGCCGGCCACGCUGACCAACAGCCUGCUGAACUACCUGCAGACGAUGCUGGCCAUCCGGUUCCGCCAGAACCUGACCGAGCAUGUGCACGCAAAGUACCUGUCCAGGAACACAUACUACGCCGUGGGCAAUCUGGACGACCGCAUCAAGAACGCCGACCAGCUCAUUGCCCCCACGCUGGAUGCAUUUGCCAAGAGCCUGGGUCUGGAGUCUCUGUUUGGCAUCAUGGUCGUCAUCCAGCUGUCGAUGGGCAUGCUGCGGUACCUGACGCCGCCGUUUGGCCGGCUGGUUGCCCAGGAGCAGAAGCUGGAGGGCGAGUUCUACUUCACCCACUCGCGGCUUAUCGAGCACGCCGAGGAGGUUGCGCUGUACCGCGGCCACGACGCCGAGAAGCAGACUAUCAACCGGCGGUACCUGCGGCUGGUGCGGCACAUCAACCAGAUCUUCCGCCUCAACGUGUUCUACGGCAUGCUCGAGGACUUUAUCGCGCCGGUGUUUGCCGAGCGGCUGCCUGGGGUGCAGAAGGCAGUGGCUACGUCGGUCGGCAGCGUGGCCAGUGCUGGCGGCAGCGCCAGCAGCAGCCUGGGCAACCGCACCAGAGACUUUGUCACCAACCGCCGCCUGCUGCUGAGCGGCUCGGAUGCGCUGGGCCGCAUGAUGUACUCGUACAAGGAGAUUGUCGAGAUGGCCGGGUAUGCCGAGCGCGUCACCGACCUGCUCACCGUGCUGGACGAUGUCAGCGAGGGCAAGUACGUCAAGACGCGGGUUGGGAAGUCGGCCGAGAAGAGCGCCAGCAACGACGCGGAGGCCGACGUUGUCAACCAGCGCGGGCAGCAGGUCGAGAGCACAGACGACGUCGAGUUCAUCGACGUGCCGAUUGUGUCGCCCAACGGCGACGUGCUGGUGCGCCGGCUCAACUUCCAUGUCACGCCGGGCCGCCACCUGCUGAUCGUCGGUCCGAACGGGUGCGGCAAGUCGUCGAUGUUCCGCAUCCUGGGCGGGCUCUGGCCAGUGUACGGCGGCACUGUGCGCAAGCCCAGCAUGAGCCAGAUCUUCUACAUCCCGCAGCGGCCGUAUCUGCCGAUCGGCACUCUGCGCGACCAGAUCAUCUACCCGGACUGCGCUGCCGACAUGGAGCAGAAGGGCGUCAGCGAUGCCGACCUGCUGUCCAUCCUCAAUGUGGUGCAGCUGGGCCACAUUGUCGAGCGCGAGGGCGGCUGGGACUCGGUCAAGGUGUGGAGAGACGCGCUGUCUGGCGGCGACAAGCAGCGCAUUGCCAUGGCGCGCCUGUUCUACCACCGCCCGCGGUACGCCAUCAUGGACGAGUGCACCAGCGCGGUGAGCAUGGACAUCGAGAAGAUCAUGUACACGCACGCGACCAGCCUGGGAAUCACGCUGCUGACUGUCUCCCACCGCCAGUCGCUGUGGCAGUACCACAACUACAUCCUGCAGUACGAUGGCCAGGGCGGGUACAUGUUCUCCAAGCUGGAUCCGCAGCGCCGCAUCGAGCUGCUUGAGGAGAAGCAGCAGAUCGAGCAGGAGCUGGCCUCAAUCCAGGACCUGGAGACCCGCCUGCACGACCUCGAGAUGCAGGUUGCUGCGUACUAGGCCCAGCAGCAGUAGUCUUUGCACCAUGAUGGCUUGUUA